CGGCGGCGGCGGCGCAGAUGGCGGCAGCAGCGGCGGCGGGGCGGGUGGCGGCGGCGAUGGCGGCGGUGGGGGCGGCGGGGCGGGUGGCGGCGGCGAUGGCGGCGGUGGGGGCGGCGGCGAUGGUGGUGGCGGCGGCGACGGCGGCGGCGGCCUCCGGGGCGACGGUGGCUGCGGCGACGGCGACGGCGGCGGCUGCGGCGGCGCCGGCAGCUGUGGCGGUGUGGGCGGCGGCGCGGGUGGCACCGGGACUUUUGGUGGGCUCGGCGAAGGCGGCGGAGGCGUCGGCGGCGGUGCCGGUGGCGGCGGCGGCGGCGGUUUGGGGGGUGGCGACGGAGGAGGCAGCGGCUCUGGUGGCUCUGGCGGCGCUGGCGGCGGCGGUGGAGUGAGUGCCGAGAUCCGAAGUAUCUGGGGGACCGGCUGGGCGAGAAUGGGCGGGACAAACAGCAGAAACAGCAUCGGCAGCAUCAACGCCCGUGCCGGCGCCACCGCCGGCGCCGCGCCGCCGCAGACGAGGCGGGAGUAGGUAGGAGAGUUCAUCGA